UAAGAGUAGUCUCUACAUCCACUCCCCUACAUCACAAUAGAGUAAAACCUCUCAUUAAUCAACCAUGGCAUCCAUCAAACUCAUAUCAACCACUACAAUUCAAGCACCAAGUCACAUUAACACCAACUCAAAAAAAAUCCAUUUGACCCCAUGGGACCUCUCAUCCCUCCAAGUUGAAAUGAACCAAAAAGGACUUCUCUUUCACAAUCACCAAAACCCAAAAGACACCUCAAACCAAAUCCAACACCUCAAAAACACCCUUUCCUCAACUCUUGUUUUCUUCCCACCCCUCACCGGUCGUCUCAUCAUUGAACAUCAAGAAGACGACGACAAUAGCAUCAACGAUGACACAACCUCAUGUUUCAUCCUUUGUAACAACCUAGGUGCGUUAUUUAUUCAUGCAGCAGCUGAAAACACAAGUGUCUUCGAUAUUGUUAAACCAAACUAUGUUCCUUCCAUUGUUCACUCUUUUUUUCCAUUUAAUAAAGUAAAAAACUACGAAGGCACAUCAAAACCAUUGCUUGCAGUUCAAGUUACUGAGCUUGUUGAUGGUAUUUUCAUUGGCUUCUCAAUCAAUCAUGUUGUUGUCGAUGGUAAGUCGUUUUGGCAUUUCAUCAAUUCAUGGUCUGAAAUUUCGCGUGGUUUUGAUCAACUAUCGAAACUCCCAACACUUAAUCGUUGGUUUCUCGAUGAAUCAAUUGAAAUUCCUAUAAAAUUUCCUUUCACAAAGGAGGAAAAUGGAAAAAGUACCGAAAUUGAUGAAAACCCUGUUCCACUGGAGAGGAUUUUCCAUUUUACAAAGGAGAAAAUUGCGAAACUCAAAUCAAAAGCUAACGAAGAGGCCAAUAUAAACAAAAUAUCUUCUUUACAAGCACUUUUAACUCACCUUUGGCAAGCUGUGAUUCGUGGUCAGAAUAUCGAUCCAGAAGAAGAAAUCAUGUAUUGUUUAGUCAUUGAUGUUAGAGGCAGAAUUAUUCCACCUUUGCACGAGAAUUACUUUGGAAAUGCAUUGCAGGUUGGUGGUGUGAAAAUGAAAGCAAAGGAAUUACUUGCUGAAGGAGCGUUUGGAAAAGUUGCUUUUGAGAUGAAUAAGAUGAUAGCUUCACAUUGUGAUGAUACUGUGAAGAGACACUAUGAAAGUUGGGUGAAAAAUCCAAGGUUGUUUCAAGGCAGGCUUAGUAGUGUUAAGGCUUUGGCAACUAGUAGUUCUCCAAGGUUUGAUGUUUAUGGUAAUGACUUUGGUUGGGGUAAGCCUGUUGCUGUUAGAAGUGGGGGUGCAAAUAAAAGUGAUGGAACGAUAACUAUGUUUAGUGGGAUAGAAGAAGGUAGUAUUGAUGUUGAAGUUUGCCUUUCUUAUGAUAUUUUGGAGGCUAUGGGAAAUGACCCUCAAUUCAUACAUAUCUUUUAAUUAGUUUAUGUUAAAUGUAAGUUCUGUAUUUGUAUGUUAUGUUAAUGUUAUGAAUUAUGAAUAACUAUUUGUGA